UAAUUUUCACCGGACUUUAUUGAGUGCUACACGAAACCGAAUCAUUAAUUUGUCUCAGAAUUUUCUCUAUAUAAGUUACAACCAUCUCCCAUCCCAAAUAAUAUAUCCACGAGCCUAAUUAUUAAGUCGUCAUUUAUCAACAUGAUAACCUCAUAUCCUACAACCACUACAACCCAAAUAACCUCUGUGGACUGCCAAAAACAAGUGCGGUCAUGGAGGUUUCUUCGUUCGCUCAUGGAACUUCUGAUUCCCCGGUGCAAUUGCAUCUUCGUUGAAGAAGAAAACGAUGAUAAAAAACACACACCCUACUUCAAACAUAACUCGUCAUCAUCCUCACCCACAACCAUUACUGGUACAAUCUUUGGUUCGCGUAAAGGAAAAGUCAACUUUUGCAUUCAGUCAAACCCUAAUUCCACAAACCCUAUUCUUCUUCUUGAACUCGCGGUUUCAACCUCAUCACUUGCUCGUGAAAUGCAAAAGGGGAUAGUGAGAAUCGCUCUCGAGAGUAAAAUAAAUGAUUACUCCUCCUCCUCCUCUUCUACUUUUUCGUUGUCGUCUCUUUUGUCUAUGCCAAUAUGGAGGAUGUAUUGUAAUGGAAAGAGAGUAGGGUUUGCAGUUAAAAGAAAACCUACAAAAAUUGAUUUGCAAGUUUUGAGACAAAUGGAGUCAAUUAUUGUUGGAGCUGGAAUUAUUCAUAGGAAAAGAGGAGUUACUAAAAGAGAUGAUGAAGAUGAUAUAAUGUAUCUAAGAGGAAAAUUUGAAAGGGUUCAUGGAUCUGAUGACUCAGAGUCCUUUCAUUUGGUUGAUCCUGAAGAAAAUAUGGGUCAAGAGCUAAGCAUUUUCUUUCUACGCUCUCUUAAUUAAUUUUAUCUACCACCAUUUGUGGGGUAUGGUUGGGAGCGCUCUAUCCUUUACCAAGUCUAAGGUUCGAGGGGAUGGAACAAAUUAGUGUUGGGAGUGCUGUCUCGAGAUGGACUCUGUAACGUGCAAAUUUAACUUUAGUAAAGUUUCAAUACGAAUAUCGAAUAUUAGGUAAAAGACAAGAGAAAAUUAAUUAGCAUCCUUUUUUUCUUUUAGGUUCAGCUAGUACCUUUUUAGUAGUUAUGUAAACAGACCUUUAGCCAUCAUAUAUUGUAAUAUCUGAAAUGUGAUAUUGGAUGGGAACCAGAGGUUACUUCCUUGGCUUUUAUGAUA